CAUCAGCCUCCACCAGGAUGUAUUUCUUAACAACAGCAUUUUCCCGUUCUGUUCAGCGAGCUUACUCGAGUGACCGAGGAUAUCCCCGCAUCAACCCCUCAAUAUAGCCGAUACAUGCUACAACUUCAGGCAUGGACAAAAUAUAUAAAUCCGACUGCCGCCAAUUUUUAAGAGUGCAAACAUACAUCACUGUCAACCGAGAGGAGCUGUCAUAAUAUACUGAACUGAGGAGCCCAAUCGACGCCGUUCUGAAUCCAACGUACAAAUCGAAACCUCGAAUCCGACCGUGAUCAUGCCUGGCCGUCUCGCUGACAAGAUCGCCAUAAUCACCGGGUCGUCUUCUGGCAUAGGACGUGCCAUAGCUCAAGCCUUUGCCUCGCACGGCGCAACUGUAAUAUGUUCUGAUCUACGAGAAGAGGCACGCGUCCCAGGACCCUCGGGCGAGGCCGACUCCUCACAGCCCAGCACCGUAUCCGCCAUCACGUCAGCCGGGGGCACCGCCAUCUUCGUCAAAUGUGACACAACCAAAGCGGAGGAAGUCGAAGCCCUUGUCAACACAGCAGUUCAGAAGUACGGUCGUCUGGAUAUCAUGGUGAACAAUGCCGGCAUCGCCGUCGAAACAGGGAGCUCGCACGGUCCGCGCCCUGUGUGGGAGUAUGACGAGGCCGCCUUCGAGAAUACGCUGGGUGUCAAUGUCAAGGGCGUCUUCCUGGGCGUCAAGUACGCGAGUGCCGUGAUGAAAGAUCAGCAGCCCGGCGCCAAUGGAGAUCGUGGUUGGAUUGUCAAUCUGGCGUCGGUAUUUGGGCUGGGAGGCGGCCCGGGCUCGAGCGGGUAUGUCACGAGUAAGCAUGCGGUGAUGGGGCUUACCAAGGCGGCGGCGUGGGACUGUGCACCGAUGAGGAUCCAUGUUAAUGCGCUGUGUCCGGGGUACACGCAGACUGCUUUCACGGCCCCGAUCUGGACUGAUUCGGAAGCUACGAAGAGGAUUGAAGGAAUGCAUCCGUUUCGAGGACUGGGGACACCGGAGGAUAUUGCGAGGGCGGCGGUAUUCCUGUCAAGUGAGGAGGCAAGUUGGAUUACGGGGAUUGGGUUGCCGGUGGAUGGAGGGUACAGUAGCAUGUGAGAGAGUAGAGAAUAAGUGU